AAAAAUAAAAGAGAGUAUAUAUAUAUAUAUGUGUGUGUGUGUGUGUGUGAGUCAUCAUAAUUCUUUUGAUUUUUGAUGCUCUAUAUCUUGCACUUUUUUUUGUUCAUCUUUUUGGAUGACAAUGAGUGAAGCUUGAGACAACUGGUGGAGAGAAUAUGUAACAGCAAAGCUUUAUUGGCCAUUCUAUAAAAAUGGCUUCCAUUGUGUAGAUCAUUAAUUAAAACUCAAAAGUAUUAGCUAAAUAUCUUGUUUCAUCGGAGUGACUAUGGAUGGUGGUGGUGAAGAAGUUUCCAGUGACGGAGAAGGUCAAAUGUUGCCGGAUUCCGCUCGUAAACGUGGUGGCUGGGCUACUUUCCCCUUCAUUGCUGGGGCACUAAUAGGAUCAAGCAUAGCAGUAUCAGGAUGGGCAAACAACUUGAUUGUGUACAUGAUUGAAAAAUUCCAUGUGAGAAGCAUUGAUGCAACCCAAACAUUCAACAUUGUAGCUGCUUCUACAAGUUUACUUCCUAUGGUUGCUGCAAUCCUUGCCGAUUCUUUCCUCGGUUGCUUUUCUGUCAUCUGGAUCUCAUCUCUUAUCUCGAUCCUGGGUAUUAUCCUAAUAGCUUUAACGGCUAUGCUUGAUCCCUUAAGGGCUCAACCAUGUCAACACGGAUCAGCAUCGUGCCCGACACCAUCAAAAGUUCAAUUCUGUAUACUUUACUCAGGCAUAGCAUUAGCCGCGGUAGGUGUGGCGGGCACACGUUUCACCAUCGCAGCCAUCGGAGCCAACCAAUUCGACAAUUCGAAGGAUCAAAGGGUGUUCUUCAAUUGGUUCGCCGUCACUUUGUACGCAUCGAUGGUGUUAGGUGCGACGGUGAUUGUGUACAUUGAGGAAAAUGUGAGUUGGGUGUUCGGGUACUGGUUGUGUGUUGCGGUGAAUGUUAUCGGGUUAGUCGUUUUUUUAUCGGGGAAACGUUAUUAUCGACACAUAAAGCCUCAGGGAAGCCCAUUCUUGAGCCUUGCACAUGUUGUUGUUGCCACAAUUGUUAAGAGAAAAGUGUCUCUUUCAUCUAGAGCUGAAGAUUAUUACCAUAAAGAAGAUGGUCCUAGGGAGAAACCAGUUUCAUUGCCUUCUAGAAGCUUCAGGUAUUUGAUCUAUUUAUUUCAAAAUUUGAUAUUCUCGUGAUUAGAUUUGUUUAAGGAUCAUAUUAUUUAUUAUUUGAUUAAAUGCUAAUUCAAUUGGUACGGUUGUUGUUAUAGCAACUUGGAAGUCAUAUGUUAGAAUGUGUUUAAACUAAGGUUGUUUAAACAAGAUCACUUGUCAGACCGAUUGGACUAGGAACCAGCCGAGGUAUCAAUCUAGUAGAGGCAUUGAACCAAUUGACCCAGGAAUUGAUACUUAUCAGUUGAACCAAAUUUUUAAUAUUUUAUUAUUAUUAUUAAUUUUUUAAUGAUUUACGAUAGGCCGGCGAAUCGGUGGCUUGACCAGUUCGACCACUGGCUGAGUUCUGAAAAGUUUGGUGAAACACAUAAUAUCCUCCACUUUAAGGGUUUUGGAGAGUUUUAUGGGUAGUUUAUAAAUUGUCUCAAAAAGAAAAUCAAGUUAUUCAAAGUCUGAAAGAUCAACUUGAUAUUGGACAAAAAUAAUAUGCUCAGAAAAUGAGUUUGGACAAAAACUCGUCUAAAAUAUGGGGUGGGUUUAGACACUAAUACGCAAGGCUCGAGCCUAGGCUAUUUUUCAAUUUUUUUAUUAUGUUAGUUUACUUUUCUUUUUUGAAAA